GAGAAAAACAUAUCCUCAGUUCGUCUGUAUGAAAAGCCUCUCUGGGAUUUAUUUCCUUGGACUGUUUUGUGUCGCUGGUGAUAGUUUUACACGACCUCUGAGAUUCUCCUCUAGAAAUUUAAGCCUGCAUUCUCAAGGCACCGAUGUGGCGUGUGGUUGAGGUUUUAGUGGUGGUGGUGGCGUUGGUGGCUGCGUCGGAUGGUAGCAGCGAGGAGGAGCGGCUGGUUGUGCAGACUGAGGACGGCAGGGUCUCCGGCUUCAGGGAAUACUCAACGAAGGGCCGCGGCUUCUACUCCUUCCUGUCCAUUCCUUAUGCCAAGCCGCCGGUGGGAGAGCUGCGUUUCCAGGACCCCGUGGCAGGUGAAGGGUGGGAGGGUGUGCGGGACGGGACCAAGGUGGCGCCGGUGUGCCCACAGAUUCCCUUCAUUGCGCUCACCAAGAGGGACCCGGUGAUCGUGGGCGAGGAGGACUGUCUCUUCCUUGGUGUAUUCUCUUCAAUGCCCUCGGACCGGCGUCUUCCAGUGCUGGUGUUCCUGCACGGCGGCGGGUUCUUCGCGGGCGGCGCCAACACCUACGGCGGGACGGUGCUCAUGAACGAAGACGUGGUGCUUGUGUUGGUGCAGUACCGCCUGGGGCUGCUGGGCUUCUUAUCAACGGAGGACUCUGUGAUGCCCGGGAACUACGGCCUCAAGGAUCAGACUCUCGCCCUCCGCUGGGUUCAGAACAACAUCCAUCACUUCGGAGGGGAUCCAGACCGCGUGACGAUCUUCGGAGAGAGUGCGGGAGGCGCCUCUGUCCACUUCCACCUCCUGUCUCCGCACUCCCAUGAACUGUUCGCGCGCGCCAUCAUGAUGUCCGGGACGCUGUUCAGCCCGUGGGCGAGGGGCGGCGGUUUCAAGGACGUGGCGAAACACACAGCCAGGCUCUUCGGGUGUCCGGUGCCUGCUGACGCCGUGGACUGCCCGGCCAGCAAGACUCAGUACUGUCUCCUGGACGACGAGGAACCCGGCUUUAGCGAGGCCAUCAUGCACUGCCUCCAGGGGGUUGACGCCAAGAACCUGACCGCCACGCUGAUGGACCACGCGAUCUUCGUCUUCAACCCGGUGCUGAUGGGGCCGCGCGUGGACGGGGACUUCCUGCCCGCCGAGCCCGAGACGCUGAUGGCCGAGGGGCGACACAAGCACACGGACAUCAUCUCGGGGGUCACGGCGCAAGAGGGCGCUCUCCUGGCGCUGCCCCUGUUCAGCGAGGAUGGGUUGAAGUCGGACCUCGUUGACAACUUCGAGGAGAUCGGUCCUGGGUCACUGGACCUUGCCGUUGGGGACGAAGCACCGGUGGCCUUGGCACGGAAGAUCUUCGACUAUUACGUUGGAGGCGUGAGGGUGGAUGAGGAAAGCGCUGAUAAGAUAUGCCAGCUGUAUGGUGAUCGCCACUUCAAUCUGGGCCACGAUUAUGUGUCCGCCCUGCACGCCCAUAACGCGGCGCCCCACAAGGCCUACCUCUACACCCUCGACCACCGUGGCCAGCAAUCCUUUGACCAGUUCUAUGACACGGAUGUUGGACGAAACUGGGUGAGCCACGUGGACGAUCUCUUCUACAUCUUCUCGGGCGGACCAGUUUGGGCGCCGCUGGAGAGGGAAGAAGACCUGAGGCUGAGAGACAUCAUUACCAAGCUGUGGGCCAACUUCGCGGCAAUAGGUAACCCCACGCCAGAUGACUCCCUCGGGUUCCAAUGGCGAGCCGCUGAAUCUUGCGACUUGCAGCACCUGUCCCUCACACCCACACCUGCCAUGGUGGGCGACAGACGAAGGGAGGUCCGCGCCUUCUGGGAAACGCUACCCAUCAAACAGAACCUCCUUCUCAACCCUGAUAAGGUGGAACACAUACACGAGGGUGAGCUUGGCGACACACACGACGACCAGCAGCCGCCCACCAUCAAACUGAGGAAGUGGAGGGCCAGAACUGAACUUUAGAUGCUCAUUUGUUUUGGUAUUCAAGUUCAAAUUAAGGAAGUGGAGGGCAGGAACGGAACUUUAGAUGCUCAUUUGUUUUGGUGUCAAGUUCUACACGACUAUCAAAUUAAAGAAGUGAUGGGCAGGAACUGAACUUUAGAUGCUCAUUUGUUUUCGUUAAGUUCUACACGGCUAUCAAUAUACGGAAGUGGAGGGCCAGAACCGGACCUUAGAUGCUCAUAUGAUUUCUGUUAAGUUCUACACGACUAUCAAAAUGAGGAAGUGGAGGGCCAGAAGCGAACUUUAGAUGCUCAUUUGUUUUUGUUAAGUUCUACACGGCUAUCAAAUUAAGGAAGUGAAGGGCAGGAACUGGACUUUAGAUGCUCAUAUGAUUUCUGUUAAGUUCUACACGACUAUCAAAAUGAGGAAGUGGAGGGCCAGAACUGGACUUUAGAUUGUCAAUUGUUUUGGUAUCAAGUUCUACACGACUAUCA